AUCGGCGGGGGAGUGGAUACUGGAAUCGAGGCUGUGAUGAAUCUCACUGUUGCUAAUUCGGGUGAGGGUUCGUUCAUCACUAGUCUUGAGGGGCGUCAGUGUAUCGAAUACUUGGCUCGAAUCAAAGCCACCAAGGAGCAAUGCAAAGUCGUUGCCAAUACAGCGACACAUUCCAUCAUGCAAUCGAAAGCUGACCACAAGGAAGCAUCGUCAGGUGCGUCGGCUGUCAGACGCAGAGGUCGAAAUCAGAAUAGUGUAAAAUCGAUCGCCAAGAAAUCGGAACCCGAUACGGACAGUAGUACUACUACUAACACCUCAGUUAAACCACAGCAAUAUUCGAAGGAAUCCAGGGAGUGGGAGCUGACCAAACUGCGGUCGUUCACACUUCCUUUCCCGCUCCCUGACUCACCCGAUGUCAAUGGCGUUCAGGUCAAAGCGAGCGAUGGUAGUGGACUACCGACCUGUGUGGCAACUGGAGGUCCUGGUGGAUGUUGGCUGGCCGUCGGUUCUGAUGUUGGCUCUGUGUUUCUAAUCAACCGUCAUGUUGAUCCUGAAAGGAACAUUGUAGAGCCUGCAUCUCGCUCACAUCAACUAAAGACGGCCCACUGGUUAAGGCGCAAAGUUACUGACCGGAAGGCCCUGACCUCUGCCUCUCGGCUGUUCCUGUCUAGACUUGGGAAACCUGGCAGUAUAUCGGCCCUCGUGCUUCCUUUGGGCGAAAUGGCAACUAGACACCUAAAGGAUGCUACAUCUAAACCAUCUAAUCUAUCCACUAUGGCUCAGUGUUUAGAGCGCAAGUUUACUGACUGGAAGGUCCAUGCUCCGAACCCGACCUCUGAAUCUCAACUUCUCCUGUCUGGGCUUGGGCAUCCUGGAAGUGUCCGACCCCUCGCAUCCAUCAUCUAUCCGGACGUAAGUGGUGGUCUGUCCUCGGGUGUUUGCAGUCUUGCACUGACAUCCUCACAAGCGCCCGUGGGAACGAAGGCCUCUUCGAAUCAUCCAGCACCUCUGCUUGCGACAAUCUGUGACCAGCCUAGUUGGGGCGCUCUGCGAGUGUGGCGCACGGAUCCCACUCAGGGUGAUGAUGACUGCCCCCUAUUCGAAUCCAUACCACCCGGGGCACAAAUCAGAGAUCGUAGAUGCAAGAAAAAGAAGCCUACUCAACACAACCACAUCGACUCUACCGCAUCACUCACUGACGACCUGUUCGCGGAGGACAACCACUGUGGCACAUGCCGCGUGCGAUUACAGCCGUAUGCACUGGCCUCUUGUUCAAUUUUUACCUCCGGCAUAACACCGCCGCCUUCACCAACCACACACAGUGUAACGGCAAACAGUGUUUCUUGCCCUUUAUAUCGUCCAGCUGUAACACCCUUUCGGCGCCUGACUGCCAUGUCACCCAAAGGAAGCACAAGGGUUGGUUGCCCAAGCCUAGACGAGGGAGGUCGAGAGACAUUUGUCGGAUUUGAAUCACGGACCUUCCGGUCAGUAAAUUCGCGCCUCAGCCACUGA